UGGCCGUCCAUAUCUAUCUCUUCCACCGCAAGCAUGUCCAGCUUUUUGACUUCGUGGUGGGGUUCAUCCGCACCUGCUCCGGUCGCAGAGAAGGCGUUCGACCCUACUGACCCGAAGCAGAAUCCGCUGAACCCGCAAGGGCUGAAACCAUGCUGUGCAUGCCCACAAACAAAGUCCGCGCGUGAUGACUGCUUUCUGAAGUUCGACUCGUCAGAGGCAGAUGACAAGUGCAAGGAGCUAGUGCAGGCACACGUAGCGUGCAUGCGAGGCCUCGGAUUCAAAGUUUAGAGUGCGGCGUCGCCGACCACUACGGAUGUCCUUCCCACUUUCCUGCAGCCCAUCGACAGACUCUGCAUUGUGCCAACUACCCCCACUCCGGCUGUGUUACAUUAGACAUAUAUAACUGCCAUACGUGCUGACAUGCGCUUGAAUCUACCAUCGAUUCAGGAACGGGGAGUGCAGCCAUCAAGAUCCGUCGUUGAUAUCAGGAUGAGAGUCUCUGGUGUUAUUCAAGAGGCAAGAUCCACUGCCAUCGUCCCUCGGCUAGACCCUCUGCUGUGUCCUGCAAAACAAUAUCAUGCCUGCCUUUGACAUAGACCUAGAGCCAGCGGUCUGUGAGUGCACACAUUGACAGCUAUUUAGGAGAAGCCCACCGUCUUGUCCAUCAUGCGCCGACGCAGAUCCUUGACGGUGUUCUCUUCGAUAGGCUCUUCCAGGAGUUGCGAUAAAU